AUGGAGCUCCACCUGAAGCGGAUCAAGCACGCCAAGAAUGUGGUCACAGCCCUGCUGGCCAUCGAGGACAGCGGCAUCACCUACUGCGAGAGCUUGCUUGUACUUGCUUUCUUCCUCCUUUUGCCUCAGGGCUACAAGGAGGUGGCAUCCUCCAGCUUCACCGGGGAGGGCCUCACCCAUCCCUCCGAGGCCUCCGUGUUCUGGUCGGGCGGUCUGGUCUGUUAUGAGGCAUGCAGUGCGGGGUUCACAGUGGCGUAG